AUAAACAAAAGAGAAAUGAAUGCCAUUUGCAGCUUAAAGAUAGCUGGUAGGAACUGCAUUUUAUUUCGCUUAACUUCUUUGGCCAGUCAGGCAAAGUGCAAUAAUCUUUAUAAGUCUUCAGUUGAAGCUUUGAAUGGACAUCGCCAGAUUCAAAUAAAUCAUAUAGUGGAUAAAUGCCAGCGACUAAAUACAAGCAGCAACACCAGCUAUUAUUUUAUGAUUGGAAGCUCUAACUUCUACAGAAAAUUUAUUAAUAAAAGCCAAAGAUGUUUUUUGAAUGCCAAGAAUAUAAAAGUGUGCACAAACAUACACAGUAGCCGUAGAAGUCCUUGUUUCCUGGCCUCUCAGCCGUUAGUGGAAGAGUUUGCAUUAUUCCGAAGUCUUGCUCCAGUGCAGUCCCCAGAUCGCAUUCCUGCUUGGGAUGUUCAGAUCAUCAGGCUUUUUCACACAUCAUCAUCAUUUCAGGCUGCUCCAGUGCCUCUAUUGUGGAUUAUUCUUAAACCGGCUCAGAAGUUAUUUGCUAUCAUUCUUGGAAGGAGCAUCAGAAAAUGGUGGAGGGCACUGCCUCCUAACAAGCGGGAACUUUUUAAAGAAAGUGCGAGAAAAAACAAAUGGAAGAUAGUUGUGGGUCUGUGUAGCUUGGCGGUUUUAUUUAUUAUAUUUUAUUUUACUCACUUGGAGGAAACACCAAUCACUGGGCGUGCUCGACUGUUGGUAUUUGGGAAGGAACAUUUUAGGAUAUUGUCACAGAUGGAGUAUGAUAUGUGGAUGGAACAGUUUAAAAAUCAGAUGUUAGCCGAGACAGACCCUCGCUAUCAGGUAGUGAAAAAAGUUAUUGGUCAUUUAUCUGAAAGCAACCAGGACAUCCCGCAGGUCUCGGAGUUCAAGUGGGCUAUCCAUGUGGUGGAAGAACCAGGCAUAAAUGCUUUUGUACUUCCAAAUGGACAAGUAUUUGUUUUCACUGGUUUGCUAAAUGUGGUGUCAGAUAUUCACCAGCUCUAUUUCAUUUUGGGACAUGAAAUAGCUCAUGCUGUAUUGGGACAUGCAGCAGAGAAAGCCAGUCUGGUACAUUUCUUGGAUUUCCUGUCGCUUAUCUUGCUCACUAUGAUUUGGGCAGUCUGUCCUCGAGAUAGUUUGGCAAUUGUAGGCCAGUUGAUCCAGAGUAAGUUGCAGGAGUUUAUAUUUGAUAGGCCAUAUAACAGGACAUUGGAGGCUGAAGCUGACAAAGUUGGACUUCAGUUUGCUGCAAAGGCUUGUGUGGAUGUAAGAGCAAGCACUGUGUUUUGGCAGCAGAUGGAAUUAGUAGAGACCAUUCAAGGGCAGCGUAAAUUACCAGAAUGGCUCUCCACACACCCUUCUCAUGAAAACAGAGCUGAACACUUGGACCGGCUUAUACCAGAGGCACUUAAAAUAAGAGAGAGCUGCAAUUGCCCCUCUCUUCCUGGACCAGACCCUCGCCUCAUUUUCAAACUUAGCAUGCAGCAUCUUCUGGAAACAUCUAAGGAUAAAGAAGGCCAGAAUGCUACUGAGCAUGAUCUUGCAAAGCCAAAAGUGGACUUUCCUUCUGUUCAAAAGGAGGAAAAGAUUCCAAUAACUCUUGCAGUUAAAAAGGAACCAACGAGCUGAAGGGAAAAACAUUCCCCUGAAAAACUUU